ACAACCGGCGACCCUUUGAAAGUCUUGAGUCUGACUUCAGUCUGGGAGAGACCAUGUCCGCCGUCACGGGCAAACUGUACUCACCACUAAUCUCGUUUAGAAGUAAUUCUCCAUGAAAUAACAGUAACACGGGGCCUCAAGGAUGGCCAGCUCGGGUGCUGUUCAGGUGAAACUAGAACUUGGUCAUCGUGCCCAGGUCAGAAAGAAACCCACAGUGGAAGGCUUCACCCACGACUGGAUGGUGUUUGUCCGAGGACCAGAGCACAGCAACAUCCAGCACUUUGUAGAAAAAGUUGUUUUUCACCUGCACGAAAGCUUCCCAAAACCAAAAAGAGUGUGCAAGGAUCCACCAUACAAAGUGGAGGAGUCUGGAUACGCAGGCUUCAUCUUGCCUAUUGAAGUUUACUUCAGAAAUAAGGAAGAGCCGAAGAAAGUUCGUUUUGAUUACGACCUGUUCCUCCAUUUAGAGGGUCACCCGCCUGUCAAUCAUCUCCGCUGUGAGAAGCUCACCUUCAACAACCCAACAGAGGAAUUUCGUAGGAAGCUACUGAAAGCCGGAGGGCAACGGGAUCCUCACAAACGAAGUUCAGAAGACUCAAAAGUAAUGGUAAUGCAGGAGGGCUCGACCUCCCUGUUCGGCCAGCACCUCAAGCUGCCUACACUUCCCAACAGCUCGCUGACAUCCUCCUUCUCUGACCCAAAGAAGAGCAAAAGCUUCCAUGGCUCAAAGGAUGGUUCCAAAGGAAGCGGAACUACCCUCCUCAGCACCCCCACAACCACCAGCACCAACAGCAGCAGCUUCUCCAAACUCCACAAACCCUCAAAGGACCACAAAGACAAGCCUCCAAAAGACUUGAAAGAGCCCAAAAGUGCCUUCAGAGACUCUGGCUGGGAACCCAACAAAACCCCCAAAGAACCUUCCAGGAAACCCAAAGAGAACCAGCCACUUAGAGAUAUCAAUCCUAAAAUGGGCUUCAAGGAACCUAAGUCUUUGUCCAAGGAGCACCGGAUUGAGGGAAUGACUCAUGGGUCAGGGCUAAACAAGCGUCUGUCUGCACCUGACAGUGACGAUCAUAUGACCAAAAAACGCAAAAAGGGAUUUGUGGAUUCAUCGGGAAAGCAGACGUCUGGGAUAGACACUCAACAUUUGGAUAAGAAACUUUUGAAAGAUAGAUCGCAGAUGCGGAUGAGUAAGGUACGACCAGAUGGUGACGAGGCAGAGCGCAGGAAGGUGACGACACUUCCACCAUUCCAGGAACUGAUGGGCCACAACGACUCUGAUAUUGAGGAUCAGUCAACCAAAUCAGAUUCUGAACAGCCCAGUCCAGCCAGUUCCAGCUCCAGUUCAGGGUUUGCCCCUACACACCACAAACGGCAAGUGGUGGACUUCAUCAUCAGGAAAAGGGUGGCUAUACCUGCCACCACCCACACAGUGCUGGGCCCGCUGCAGUCAGUGAUGCAGGAUCUACACUCUGAAGACAACGAUGAUGAUUCAGAUGAUGACGAUGACAAUGAUGUGGACUCUGAUGCCGAUCGUCCAGCACACACACAUCUCAUGCACCACCAACGCAGGGUCAGUUUAAGUGACGGCAGUGAGAGUGACAGCUCUUCCCCCUCACCCCCAUCCCGCAACGAGGCCCCACCAUUACUAAAGACUACUAAUACUCAGAUACUGGAAGUGAAGAGUCCCACCAAGCAGAGCAAGCAGGACAAGAGCAAAAAUAUAGAUUGUGAUAAGGCUUACCUGGAUGAACUGGUGGAGUUACACAAAAGACUGAUGGCACUAAGAGAAGGUCAUAUACUGCAACAGAUUGUAAAUCUCAUUGAAGAGACUGGACACUUCCAUAUUACAAACACUACGUUUGACUUUGACCUUUGCUCAUUGGAUAGAAGUACAGUAAGGAAGCUGCAGAGUUACCUGGAAACCUCUGGACUGUCCUGAGGCUCUGAGCAGCUGGCUGCUGGAUCUCUGACUUUGACUUUUCUCAAAUAAAUUCCAACUUUGGAUGCAAUGCAAAAGCCUCAAUGUGGCUGUGUCCAGCUGCUGUGUCCAGCCUGUUGGCUGGACUAAAUUCUCUGAAUGAAGAGGUCGUCCCGCUGCAGAAACCAGAGCCAGGUGUCGUGGGGAUGAGCCCUGUCGAUCAGGAGAUCACCCAGAAAGCCUUGAAAACGUCACUUGAUUGAAAUCACAGCGAGGAGGGCGACCUUGUUGCUCUUAAUGAAUGUGCAUAUUGUUACCAUGUAUGUUUUUUUGAUUUGUUGUUCAUUGUGACAAAUGCAUGGUCAACAUUGCCUUACAACAUUGUAAGUCUUAUUUAUUGAAUUUAAUUUGCAGGUGUGUGUGUGUUUGUAUUUGAAAUGGCGAAAAGAAGAAAAACUGUAGAAUGAGACUUUGUUGAAGCACUUCACAAUGGGCAGAUCUUUUGAUCUGUGUGACAGCUGAGCAUUUCUAUGACUCACUCUGUGUUGCUGAUUUGAACUCGAAUCAAAAAUCAAAUUGAAUCAUUUGACUGGGAACAAAAAACUGCCACAGCAGGUGUUAGUUUGACAGUGAUACAUUUCUAUUCCAGUCUGCUUAGUUUAAGCCAAUCCUGUUCAUAAAUGUGGAGUUUCACAUUUUGCAAAAAACAAAAAAACUGCUUUCAUCAGCCAAGCAGAUACAUUCCUAAAUUACAUCAGGUCAGUUUUUUUGUGAGAAUCCAGCUGGAGUGCUGUAUUUUCAAAAUAAAAACUGGAUUUAGAGCCUCAUCUUUGGAAAUGAAAACUGUUUUUGUUUUAGGUUCUUAAUCAGUAAAUUACAAUCUAAUUUCUGUACACUGAAAAUGUCCUGUGUGCACUCAAAUACCAUAAAGGUGAAAGCAGUGUUAGUAGCAUCUACAGUAGGCUGUAGAGUAGGAAUCUGUUGGUUUAAGGUUGUUGGAAGACAUUCUUGAUGAACUGAGAAGCAUCAGAACACUUAGAGCAAAAAUAAAUAUUGACUUGAUCAGAAAAUAUUGUAUAUCAAAUGGGGCUGCAAGUAACCAUUAUUUUCAUUGUCGAUUAAUCUAAUUUUCUGGAUUAAUCAAUUCAGCAUUUGGUGUUGAAAAUGUUAAUCAGCGUUUCCCAAAGCCCAAAAUGGCAUUGUUUUAAUUUGUCCACAACCCACAGAUAUUCAGUUCACUGUCAUAGAGGAGUAAAGACACCAAAAAAUAUUCACAUUUUGUUGGAAUCAAAGAAUUUGAACUGUUUUUGGUUUAAAUAUGUAAAAAACUCAAACCAGUAAAUCAGUUAUGAAUAUUGCUGGUAGUAAUUUAAUAAUUGACAGCUUUUCAGUUAUUGAAUUAAUUGUUGCAGCUCUGCUAUUAAAAAUUACUUAUUAAAUAAAUGAGCCAGCACUAAGAAUAGCUACACACAUUUCCAUGUAUUUGCCAGUUUCAAACUUUGCUUGCCAUUCUCUUUCAAGCAUUUGUUUUUGCUGUCAAGAAAGGCCUUUACAAAUAAAAUGUAUUAUUAUUAUUAUUAUUAUUAUUAUUAUUAUUAUUAUUAUUAUUAUUAUUAUUAUUAUUAUUAUUAUUAUUAUUAUUAUUAUUACACUCCUACACAGCUCUAAGAGCUGUGUAGUCUCUACGUAAAGUUGCUGAUAUUGUCGGAUGGUGUGUUUUGGAAACUUGCAAAAAUUGUCGGAUGCAGCUUCCUGAUCUCUGCCGUUGAAUGUUGUUUGAAGCUGAGGCCUACAGUGUGGAUUGGAUUACUUCAGUUAUGAGAGACUGCAUUUCAGUUUGAACUGAAACACUGCAUUUUUUUUGUGUAUGUAAAAUUGCAAAAACUACGUACUUGGGUGCCCUCUAGUGGUACUUUUAAAAAAAACAAAAAAACAACAACUUUGGCACACAGCAAAGCACAUUAACACCCUAUCCACCGAAUGGGUGUCACUCGACAUUCUCCUCUGGAAUUGUCCUCUUUUUCUACAAAAUAAAUUCACCUUAACGGAACUAUCACAACAUAAUAGUUCUACAAAUGACAGCUUUAAAUCCCAUCGCCUCUGUUAUAGCUGCUGUUAAAAGAUGCUGAAUUUCUAUUAAUGAAUUCAUCUGUAACGUUUUCAUACAAUAACAUUUUGCUGUUUUUUAUUCCCAGUUCUUUUUUUAUUUCAAUGCUGUAUACAGGAAGGCAUUAGUGGCUGAUGGACUGAGCUGAACAAAAUUCACUGAGGUGAAAGUUCUCAUAAUAACAAUCGAAACUACAUUUUUACCAAAUUCAGGAAUACUGUGCUGCAGCAGGUCCUGCUCAUCGACUGCAACUUAAAGGAUGCUUUGUUGUGUUGGCUCAGUUUCUACUGCAGGCCCAAUGGAACAUGCCAAAAGCAUAGUUACUAAGUUUGGUUGGUUUAGGAUACUAUGAUUGUUUGUCUGCAGCAUAUGAUUUAAAGGAAAUAAUCCUCUCUUUGUCAUUGGGGAAAGUGGAUUUGUAGAACAGACCCAAGCCCUGUAAGAGUAACGGAGAAGAAAACUCCCUUAAUGAUGCCAGAGAGUAGCAGACAGCAGCUCCUGUUUCUGAAAUGUUUCGGCUAACCUAAUGGGGGACUACCUAAUGGUUGAACUGUUACACGGAUGUUAAAAAAAAAAAAAAAAAAAGAUCUUUUAUUUAUUUUGUGAGAGUUUGAGUUGUUAAAUCAAAGCUCAGCAUUAAUUUUCCAAGGAGAAUCCUUUCUUUAGAUUUGUCACAGAGGGCUCUUUUGUCAAUUUGAUUAACAAGUGGAGGACGUUGGUCCUUUCCAAAUGACCUAAAGGGUUUUUCUUACCCUGUGCUCUGUUUUAUGGUUUCUUGUGUAUGUUGAGGACAUUCAAUAAAUAUUCUGUAUGAUGUACAGAUGA